CAGCCUUGGAAUUGAGAUUCCUUUCCUCUUUUUCGUUUUCCCUUUUAUGCAAGGAAAAAAGGAGAAAAUGAGAGAUUCCUUUUUUUUUUUCCCCCUUUCUUUCAUCGCCGUGUUUGGUUUCUGUUUCCUUCCUACUUUCCGUUUCCCUUCUUCUUCUUCCCCAUUUAUUUAGUCGGCCCGGCCGCCCAUUUUUUAUGUGGAGGUGGUUGGGUUCGCCCUUUGGAAAGCUGUGGCCUUUUCUCCAUUAUAUAACAAAAAAAGCUUCGAGAAACCUCCCCAAUUCCCAUUUCGCCACCUCCCUCAAUUUCGAGUUCUCCGAAUUUCCUCAGCAACCCUAGAAACCGAUUCCUCCUUUCCCUCUCUUCUUCGACGAUCCCAGAUCCAGCAAAAACCAGAUCCCUCUGCCCGGCCGAGUAAGGUAUGAUUCUCGCGUUUGGUUUUUCUGGAUCUGUUUGGUUUUUCUUUUUAUCCUGAAAAAAUCCGGUGUUCUGUGAUUUUGAUUUUGUCAGAGAUCGAAUUUCGAUCAUCCAUCGAGAGAGAGGGAGGGAAGAAGGAUAUGGCGGAAGAGCACAGAUGCCAGGCACAGCGCCUCUGCGCGAACAACUGCGGCUUCUUCGGUAGCCCGGCGACGCAGGAUUUCUGCUCCAAGUGCUACCGAGAUCUGCAGCUCAAGGAGCAAGGCAAGCUCGCCUUGAACCAGACCCUGGCCACCUCCUCCUCCGCUUCCUCGAUCCCAUCCCCGUCGUCCUCCGUUUCCGUGCCUUCCAUCGGGAGGGCGGCCGUGGAGGUUGUUGGAUUGGAGAAGGAGAAGGAUGAUGCGGCUCCGGCGGUGUCGGCGGUGGGGGUGGGGACGCGGGCGAACAGGUGCAGCGAGUGCAGGAAGCGCGUGGGGCUGACGGGGUUCAAGUGCAGGUGCGGGAUGGUGUUCUGCGGCGGCCACCGGUACCCGGAGAAGCACAGCUGCGGGUUCGAUUUCAAGAGCAUGGGGAAGGAGCAGAUCGCCAGGGCCAAUCCGGUCGUCAAGGGAGAGAAGCUCCACAAGAUCUGACCGGCGUUUUGAAACGGUGGAAAAUUGAAAUGGUGGGGGGGAAUUCGAAAUGCUAUUCAGUUAUUGUGACAGGCUGGCCGGAACCGGCCGCCGCCGGUGAUCGGCGGUGAUUAUAAGAAGGAUGGGGAAAGUUGAAUUGGCUUUUGGGGGUUGGGGUUGGUGGGGUCGGGCGGUACUAGUGGGUUUGUCGAUUUGCGUUUUUGCUUGUGAAUGUACAUUUCUUAAUCAUGAUUUGCUCUGUUUUUAAUUGGGUUUAUCAUAUUAUUAUAUCAACUUUGUCUCAAAUAAUUAGCGAAUAAUUAUCAACAUGAUGCCUGUUUUGGUUCGGGUUAAACAAUGAAAUUAGAGCUUGAGGAACUGCUGAGAGAAAAGAAUUCAAUUCAAUGACUUGUUCAAACUCAAAUGCGUUUCUUCUCUUAGACAAAGGUCUUUGCUCAUUUUUCCUCACUUUUAUUAAUAAUAUCUUAAUAAAACUUAAAAGUAUCA